AUGGAGCCUGGGUCCGAGUGCGCCAAAGUGUCGAGCGAUUCGGUGACAUCCAAGUCCGUGGAGUCGGUCCGCGGCGAUGAGGUUGCCACGGACUCGACCUCCGAACUCGACUCACUUUUUGAGGACGACGGUCGAUCUGUAGCCGAACGUAACGAUCUACUCCAGCGGAUGGCAUUCCACAAGUUCCAAGGCCGAGCUAGGUCACGACGGAAGGCUUGA